CUCAUUGCAGAAAGAAGCCGCGGGUUUGAUUUUACGCAGCUAGCGAGAUCUCACGUAGUGUUUCAGUGCAUAGCUUCCUCUGUUUCUUAGGAUGAUACACUUUUGAUAGUCAGAACUUUUGACAGUCCACUUUUAAAAAGUCAAAAUGAACCUCGACAGACUCAGAAAGCGAGUGCGGCAAUACAUCGAUCAGCAACAGUACCAGAGUGCUCUGUUUUGGGCCGACAAGAUAGCAUCUCUCUCUCACGAAGACCCCCAGGAUAUUUACUGGCUUGCUCAGUGCCUUUAUCUGACCUCACAGUACCACAGAGCCUCCCAUGCCCUCCGUUCACGUAAACUUGACAAGCUGUACGGAGCUUGUCAGUAUCUUGCUGCAAGGUGUCAUUAUGCUGCCAAAGAGUUCCAGCAGGCCUUGGAUAUCUUAGAUGCAGAAGAGCCAGCAAGCAAAAAGCUUUUGGACAGGAGUGGAAAGGAAGACAAUGAGACAUCAGAAUCAACCAAGGAUUGGGACAUGUCCCCUGCUUCUAUCAGCAGCUCCAUCUGCCUCCUGCGGGGUAAGAUCUAUGAUGCCAUGGAUAACAGGCCACUGGCCACCUCCAGCUACAAAGAGGCCUUGAAACUGGAUGUGUACUGCUUUGAAGCCUUUGACCUUUUAACGUCCCACCACAUGUUGACGGCACAGGAAGAGAAGGAGUUCCUCGACUCCCUUCCUCUGAGUCAACAGUGUACUGAGGAGGAAGAGGAGCUGUUACACUUCCUUUUUGAGAAUAAAUUAAAGAAGUAUAACAAGCCCAGUGAUUUAGUGGUGCCAGAGAUGGUCAAUGGUCUUCAGGACAACUUGGAUGUAGUCGUGUCUCUUGCUGAAAGGCAUUAUUAUAACUGUGAUUUCAAGAUGUGUUACAAACUCACAUCAAUGGUAAUGGUUAAAGACCCCUUCCACGCCAGCUGUUUGCCAGUCCACAUAGGAACACUGGUGGAGCUUGGAAAAGCAAAUGAGUUGUUUUACCUCUCACACAAACUUGUAGACUUGUAUCCCAACAACCCAGUGUCUUGGUUUGCUGUGGGGUGCUACUAUCUCAUGGUUGGCCAUAAAAACGAACAUGCUCGACGAUACCUCAGCAAAGCCACCACCUUGGAAAGGACUUACGGUCCUGCUUGGAUUGCCUAUGGGCAUUCCUUUGCGGUGGAGAGUGAGCAUGACCAAGCCAUGGCUGCCUACUUCACUGCUGCUCAGCUGAUGAAAGGGUGUCACUUGCCCAUGCUCUACAUUGGGCUGGAGUAUGGAUUAACCAACAACUCCAAGUUAGCGGAACGUUUUUUCAGCCAGGCUCUUAGCAUUGCUCCAGAGGACCCAUUCGUCAUUCAUGAAGUGGCAGUGGUUGCAUUUCAAAAUGGAGACUGGAAGACAGCAGAGAAGUUGUUUCUUGAUGCACUGGAGAAGAUCAAAGCCAUAGGGAAUGAGGUUACUGUGGACAAGUGGGAGCCUCUGUUAAACAACUUAGGUCAUGUAUGUCGGAAACUGAAAAAGUACGACCAGGCUCUGGAGUACCACCGUCAAGCUCUGGUGUUGAUCCCUCAGCACGCCUCCACCUAUGCUGCGAUAGGAUACGUGCACAGCCUCAUGGGUGACUUUGAAAGUGCUAUUGACUACUUCCACACGGCACUGGGACUGAAAAGGGAUGACACUUUCUCUGUGACGAUGCUUGGCCACUGUAUCGAGAUGUACAUCGGUGACACAGAUGCAUAUAUAGGCACAGACAUCAACGACAAGGUGCGAGGCAACUUGAACACUCCAGCGCUGAUGAAGAUGCUGAACACCUCAGAGCCCGAUGACCUUCUAGCCACUCCGAGAUUGGAAGACACUAGCAUCAUGUCUUUGGAAACGCCUCUCCCAAAUCAGGACAAGAUGAUGCUGGAGACGCCGCUUCGGCUCUCGUUAACCCUGGAGUGUGACAUGUACGAGAGCGACGUGAUGUUAGACACCCUGUCAGACACCAGCACGUGAUCUCUGCCACGAGGUGGAACUGUCGUGGCAAUAGGGUGGCAUAGGUUCACAUAUCCAUGCCCAAGGACAACACAAAACCUUAGCACCUGCUCUUUACCAAAUGUUUCCUGAGGUUUCCCCUUCUUGUGCAUUGUAUGGUUGUUUCUCUAAGCAGCAAAACACAGAAGAUGCAGUUGUGAACAUUAUUAACAUGAGUAAGUAUAGAUUAAGUCUGAUACGGCACCAUUGCAUAUUACGUUUGCAUGAAUGCACUUUAAAAGGGGAAUGCCUUGGUUAAGGUGCUUAGUACUUGGCCUAGAAAAGGCACAGUACCUUGGGUUAAGACACUGGGAUCAUGUGUUCCUAUGACACUUGAAUGAACAGGGGAAAGAAGCCACACACCUCACGUCAUAAAUUAAAGACUACAGUUCCUGUGGCAGCGCCCCCACCCCCAAUGCUUAACCUGUGGAUUUUCAACUUGAAUAAAGAGCCAGCUAACUACAAGCAGUUUUUGGUGGGGAAACAGUUUUGAUUAUUCUUUCAAGAAACAAUGCAUUUAUCUUGAAAUAAAGAAAUGUUGAAUAA